GGAAAUAAAAUAAUGCUUUCUGUUGUUGUUUAAAUAAUUAACCAAAUUCGUCUUAUUCUGGUCGUCCAGUCCAGUUUCAAGGACAAAACCUUGAAACUGGACGUUGGUCCGCUGUAAUUGACGCCAUUUUAAUGAAAACGGCAAGAAAAAAAAAAUCAAGCUAGCAAAUAUAACUUUUUGAAAUUGUCGUUGAUACUUGUGAGAAAUGGAAGUUUGUUAUAGCCUUAACUGUCACAUAACUAACUUGGGCUUCAAUAACACAUUAACUAGCCACAGUGUGUAAAUAAAUUGGUCUACAUUUUGGUAGAAGAUAACAUAGCUAAGCUAACGCUGUCUGAUAGCGGAUAAGGCUGGUGUGGUAUGAUGGAUCAGUGCGAGGAGGACCGUGUAGUUCUCCAGUCGGUACAACCCACGGAAAGCAUGGAUCAGGCAGAGGACAAGGAGCAGCCAACUCAAAGCCAGAAGGGCGAUGGUGGUGAUGAAUGGGAUACUGAUCUUGAAACAGACAAUGCCACCAAUCGGAUACAGUCUCGUGCAGAGCAGUACCUGAAGGCCUGUCGAAAGAUCGGGGUCACUCCCAUUUCUUCCUUCCUCCGCAACUCAAGUGAAGCGAAUCUCAACCUGAACCACUACGGUGUGGGACCUCUGGGGGCCAAAGCUCUGGCCAUAGCUCUGCAAAAUGACAAUGUCGUCACCAACCUUGAACUGGAGGACAACGCACUUCAGGCAGAGGGGACCCGCUAUCUGACAGAGAUGCUUCAGACAAACAUCAACAUUCAAAGCCUAAAUCUCUCCAACAACCAGCUGCACCUUGAAGGAGCAGACGUCAUCUACAAAAUGAUGCUAGACAAUUGCUACGUCAAAUCCAUCAAACUCUCAGGAAAUGGUUUUGAUGACACUGCUGCUAAAUACUUUGCAGAGGCUUUAAAGGAUGACUGUGUGGUCACAGAGCUUGACCUCAGUCACAACAAUUUCUGUGAAUCAGGAGGAGAACUCCUGGGUGAUAUGUUAGCCAAAAAUCUGGGUAUUGAAGUCCUGAAUCUGAGCUGGAAUUCUCUUUGUAUGCGUGGUGUGGCAGCUUUGUGUGCUGGGCUGAAGUUAAACUCGACUCUGAAGCAGCUCCAGCUGUCGUGGAACCGUUUGGGCCACAUCGAGGCAGAGUCGCUGGGUCAGGUCCUGAAACAAAACAACAAACUGAAGGUGCUGGAUCUCAGCAGUAACCUUAUAAACGAUAGGGCUGUGACACUGCUCUGCCAGGGCCUGGCCACCAACAGCAGCCUCAGGGUCCUCAAGCUCUCCCAUAACCCCCUAACAAAUAACGGAGCUCUGACACUGCUCAAAACAGUAGUAAACAAUAAUAAAUCAGCAGUAGAGGAGCUUGAUAUUUCUACAGUGUUUGUGAACGAGGCCUUUAUGGAGUUGUUGGAAGAAACCCGUCAGAGGCGUCCUGCUCUGGAUGUUCAGUACAGCUUCAUGAGCUACACUGCAAGGAACGUAAAUGCUCUCAGCAUCUUAAAUAAAUUUCUUGAUGAGCGAAAUGAGAGCAUCAUGGACUUCUUCAAGGCUUUGGACAAAGACGGAACCAUGACAGUCUCCACAGCUGACUUCAGGAAGGCUGUUAAGGAAGCUAACGUACCUCUGAAUCAGGGACAGCUUGAGUGCCUGAUCAAGAAGUUUGACAAGGACUGCACAGCUACCAUAAUCUACAGUGACUUUGAGAGCUGAGGUAGAUACAGAGAACAACAGCACCACUAAGAUAAGAAGAGAAAACAGAGAGGACAUCUUCAAAUAAAUGUUAAUGCAGACUA